AUGCUCAGCAAGAGAGAACGCCUUGAGCUGGCUGAGCAACACCGCCGCUUCAAGAUCUAUCCCAACGGCAGUGGCGAGGAAAAUCUGAUCCGUGACUUUGUCCGUCACAUUCCUUACAACAGCGAGAAGAAGGCAUUCUCCGACAAGACUGGUCGAGAGGCAUUCGAGUUGUUUCAGUAUACGUUCAGCCUGCCCCACGAGCCCAACAAGACCUACACAGUCAUGUGGGACUAUCAAAUCGGCCUUGUCAGAAUCACGCCUUUCUUCAAGGCAUGCAACUACCCCAAGACCCAACCCAACAAGGUUCUCAGCCUCAACAGUGGCCUACGAGAACUCUCGUUCAGCAUUACUGGCGGUGCCAUCGCAGCUCAAGGCUACUGGAUGCCGUAUGGAUGCGCCCGUGCUGUC